UUCUAUCGAUGCCAUCGAUGCUCCUCUGAAGAAAGCUUCUCUCUCUAGAAGUCAAGCCCUAGGCUUAAAAAUCGACUCUCAUCCUAGGUUUCGAUCGAUCUCCUCUGAAGAAAGCUUCUCUCUCUAGAAUUCAAGCCCAAAUUUAAGCCCUAGGUUUCGAUCGAUGCUCUGAAGAAAGCUUCUCUCUGUAGAAUUCAAGCCCUAGGCUUAAAAAUCGACUCUGCUAGGGUUCGAUCGAUCUCCUCUGAAGAAAGCUUCUCUCUCUAGAAUUCAAGCCCAAAUUUAAGCCCUAGGUUUCGAUCGAUGCUCCUCUGAAGAAAGCUUCUCUCUCUAGAAUUCAAGCCCUAGGCUUCGAUCGGCCUCCUAGGUUUCGAUCGAAACUCCUGUGAAGAAAGCUUCUCUCUCUAGAGUUCAAGCCCUAGGUUUUGAUCGACUCUCUCUGAGGAAAUCUUCUCUACAAUUCAAGCCCUAGGUUUCGAUCGACUCUCAUCUGAAGAAAUCUUCUCUCUCUAUAACGAGCCCUAGGUUUUGAUUGACGCUCCUUUGAAGAAAUCUUCUCUCUCUAAAAUUUAAGCCCUAGGUUUCAAUCGAUACUCCCUUGAAGAAUCAAAUUUUCUCUAAGGAUGGGGCGAGUCGUUGGUGGGAAGUACAAAUUAGGGGAAAAGAUCAGAAGUGGAUCCUUCAGUGAGGUCUAUCGCGGUGAGCAUGCUACGCAUGUCGACACAUCUGAGCUUGUUGCGGUCAAAAUUGAAAAUAACAAGACAGAACACCCGAAGUUGCUUCAUGAGGCCAAGAUCUACAGCAUUCUGAAUGGAGAAAGUGGUUUUGCAAAUAUAAAAUGGUUUGGUGUUGAUGGGGAAAACAAUGUUCUUGUGCUCGACUUGUUGGGGCCAAGUCUUGAAGAGCUUUUGGCCUUUUGUGGAGGAAAGUUCACUUUAAAGACUGUAUUAAUGUUGGCUGAUCAAAUGAUCACAAGAUUGGAAUAUGUGCAUUCAAAAGGUUUCUUGCAUGGAGACAUCAGACCUGAUAAAUUUCUCAUGGGUCUUGGUCAAAAAGAAAAUCAGGUACACAUGAUUGACUUUGGGCUUGCAAAAAGAUAUCGAGACUACUGUAUUGGUCCUUACAGGGAGGAGAUAAUUCCUGUUAGAUACGACCAAAAGUUAACUUGCUGCCCUACCUUUGCAAGUGGCUAUUCUCAUGCUGGCUUUGAGCAAGGCCGUCGGGAUGAUUUGGAGUCACUUGGCUAUGUCCUCUUGUACUUUCUAAGGGGAAGACUUCCAUGGCAGGGUCUAAAAGCUGCCACAGAGGAAAAGAGAAAUAAAAUGAUGUGUAAAAGGAAGCUUUGUAAAAUUAAGCUUUCAAGUCCUGUUGAGGUUAUGUACCCGCCUUAUCCAGAGGAACUAGGUCAUUACCUUGCCUACUGCCAAUUUUUAGAGUGUUAUGAACAGCCUGCUUAUGGAUAUUUGAAGGGCAUUUUUCGUGACUUCUUGACUCGUCAAGGAUACAAAUUCGACUAUGUUUAUGACUGGACAGUCUUGGAGUAUGAGCGAAACCAAAGGCCUUCUGCAGCUCCGGUUGGGCCAUAUCGUCGAGCAAAACCAGUCAAGGAACGUGAUGAGGUGGCAGCACACAUGGGACCAAGUAAUGCUGUGAACCAUCCAGUUUGGAUGCAGAAAUCUUCGGCAGAUGGGCGUUUGAAUUUUGGUGAUCAGCAUCUUGAGGAAGAGGCUCUUCUUUCGUACGGUUGCAAAAAUAAAAAUGUCUGACUUAAUGUAAUCGAGUAGCUGCAUCAUCAAAGACCAAAAAGUGAAACAAUGGAAGCAUGUGGGUUAAUUUAUAGUCUUUGUGCUAAAUACUGUUGAAGGUCUGUUGAAGGCAUUCCUUCACCCUGGGUGCCAAAUUAAAAUGUUUGACUUGUGUAAUUAGGGAGCUGCAACAUUUUUAUGCUAAAUAUUGGUAAAGUCCUGUUGUGGGAUACUUUUUCUCAA